AUGCAGACGUCACUAUUACCCACGUGUGAUGAAUAUGAUUCAUUAGAUGCACAUUUAGAAGAGCUUGAAGAACCAGGUACUACUUUCUUACAAGAUUUUAUUAUUGCACCACAAUUAACGUAUCAUAGUAAUACGCCACUUAGUAAUUCAAAUGGAUACACGUCAGAAGAAUCUGACUACUCUGUUGUGACACCAACUGAUGAGCAAGACUAUGAAGACACGUCGUUUCUACAGGCUGCUAAUACAAUUGAUCUUGUCAACGUUGUAGGGGAUCUCAGUACAGGAGAGUUGAUGACCGAUAUUCCUACUCGUAAUAAUAAGCAAGAGAAUGUUGCAUCCAAAGUCAUUAAAGAAAAGACAUCCAAGUAUCGUGGUGUAACGCAAACUAGCAAGACGUCAUGGGGUGCCAAGUACAGCGCAAAACGUAUCACCAACACCUGCAAAACACCGGAAAAAGCUGCUCAUGCGUACGAUGAGUAUCUGAGGGCCAAUUACCCGCACAAAUUUAGUAAAUUUGCUAAUUUCUGCAACAAGUGUGGCAAGUUUGUAAACCCUCUAAGGCUGCCACAAUACCAGAGCGAAUGUAGAUGCUCUGCAAGCUCUCGCACUGGAUUUCAUGUGUCGCAGCCAGCUUUGAUGUCGCCCAAGAAAGAGGCUUUUUCUAGUCAGCAGAUCAUGACCCCCACAGCUACAACGUCUUUGGUACCUCCUAUAGCCGUAUCUCCGGCUGAUGGACCUUCAACGUUAAACAUGAACGUGAUGGAAACAUCGAACCACGUUUUUGACAUUAACCCUGCAGAGGAGGAACAUGAGACCUUCCUUAGUUGUCAACCAAGCAAUUUGUCCGUAAGUUCUUUAAAGUCGAGUAUUUUGGAGGACACGGAGCAGUAUCUAGCAGAAUCACUUAACUAUGCGGUCAAGAUGUCAUUGGACCGUGAUGAAGCAGCUAUAAAUGAUGACCAACAGCAGCAACUGGACCAAAAGCGCGACAGUCUACCAAUGGCAGUCAUCAGCUCGGCUGGGGACUCAUUCACACGGGGAGAUAACCUGGAUCGAAUCAUUAAGGACAUCAACUGUUCCUUUCCAUCUCCCUCUUCUUUACUGAAAAGCAAUGUUGCUGAAAAGUGUAACGCUACUGACAAUGUGGGUGAUUUUACAGCAAAUGGAAGCAGCAGCGAAAGCGGAACAAUGUACGAUCUCAACAGUUGUGGCAUGGUUCAGGUAAAGCCGAUUACAUCAAACUCGUUGGAUUUUGACGUGGGUGAACUGGACGAGUUGACCCAAUACUUUUUGUCUGAAAACGACGCUGAGGGUGUUGCGGAACGAAAGGUGCAGGUGGACUCUGGUUUGCCGCAUCAAGAUCCCGUAGUGAUGCACGCACGGGAGCCACAAUACAAAAAGAUUCAUAGUCUGGACUUUGAUUCCGACAAAGCAACAACUAGCAACUCUUGUAGCGACAUUGCCAUUAGCGACGUGAAGCUUGAGGUUACCGAGACGAUGAACAGUUUCGAGGUGCUGACACAUUCAAGUCCAAUUAUGCCCCCGGUAUCGCCAUCACCAGCGAUCAUCACUAUUCAGACCCGGUUUCUAGAUAAGUACUGGCGUAACGACCGCAAGAAUAUCCAGUGCUUCCCCUAUUGCCCGGAACAUGGCGACUAUUAUCGCGUGCGCAUUGAGGAUCUUCAGCACCGCUGCAAGGGUGUCUGCCGUGCUCCAGUGAAAGCUCAUAUUUUAAUUUCCGCACCAGCAGGUGCGUCAGUCGCCCAGUCCGGACUGCUGGUAUUGGCUCGCUGCAACAGUAUCUUUUCCCGAAGAGUGACUCUCACAGAACAGCAGACGUUAAGUCUUGCUGAGAUGAAAUCACUACAAAGCGUUAGCGCUAUUGGUAUGAUUGACCAUUUUGUUUCCCUUGACAAAGGCGUUGGAAGUGUGCAAUUCGGCGUGAUUUUCCAUCCAGACGUGUGGAAAUUCGAGUUUGAUCUUCCGAAGAAGCGGCGCUACGCACAGAACUCAAGUCCAACUGUGUCGUUGCACGGGAUCGACGGUGAUGCUGAUGGCGAUCCUCUGGCAGCCGAAUUUAUGUAUUUCUUUGAGAUCGAUGUGUUUUACUCACGCGACAAGAUGACGUUUGAGCGAUUGGGCCACGUGGAAUCCAUGAAUUUCCAGAUUGGGAAUACGCGCACACUCUUGAGGCAGCGCAACAAGAUGGUUGAAGAUUCGCAAAAUAGCGGAGGAUCGCAGACACAUGCGGGUCAGAGAAACGACAGCGACAAAGUUGUGAAUCCUGAUGAACUACCUGAGAAAAAGAAGGUGAAGGUGCAUUUGGGUCAGUGUGAGGUUUUAUCUGGUGAUGAUGGAACUCUGAGUGGUCGUGGACGCGAAUUAUCUAUUGGUUGUAUAAAGGAUGAAGGCAAUUCGUUGCUGCCCAUGCAAAUCUUGCUGGAGGACAAUGCUACACCAAUGGAUACCGGUACAGUGAGCUGUGAGGGCGGUGACAGCGACCACGUUCAGCAGGCAGCUACGUAUGACUAUCAACCAUAUGUCUCGCCGAGACAGGAGUGCGACAACAUCAAGACGGCGGACUCACCGGUAGCAACUGCGAUCCCCGUCAAGCUCAACACAAAUGCAAGAUCCGCAACUCCUACUUCAUCGGCGGCGAUGGAAUCGUAUAGUCUGCAUAAACUGCUCUGUUACGCUUUUGAGUGCGUGCUGCUUUCGGUGUUGCUCAUUCCUGUGGGCGUCCUGCUGCUGCUCGGAUUCUUGGUGAUACCGCCUGCUGCUAAAGGCAUUGUCAGUGUACUGGACUCGUUGUCGGACAUGGAGCUGUCUCGCGCUAAUAGUAGCUGCAUUUCGAAAGACCAGCGUUUUGUUUUGAAUCGUCUUGUUGACGAGAAUAUGGACACGGCUGGGAAGCCGAAAGUUGGUACGUUUCGCUAUCACGGCAAGAGUGAAGUCUGGGGCAGAAUAUUAUACUUUAGUGGCGCGAAGUUUGUGGUCUCUAUGGUGUCUUUGAUGCCAGCCUUCGUACUGGCAUUGAUGGCUGGAUUUCUCUAUCCGAUUCGUCCAGCUUCCGCUGCCAUUGCUAACGCUACGUGCGCCUGUGUGCUUUGGUCAAGAGAGUACACACGCAAGACAACAGGCAAGCGUUUAGCGGGCGUCGCAGAGGUUGAGAUGGGUGAACUUGUAUGA